AGUAUGCCUAGCAUACUCAGACCACAAGAGAACGGCGACUACCGAUUCUGUGGUCAAUGCUACGUUCACGGCAUCAUGUAUGGAGAGGUCAUCGACAUGUGGGAACGAGGAGAGCUGGGCGAACAGGAGACGUUCAGGCUUGUGUGGUUUCGUUUUGUCAUGGGGAGGGAAGUCUUUGAUCUGCCUUCAAGAAAUGGAGUGAGGAGUUUGGUAGAGUUUGGAGCUUUCUGGCGUUUUAUAUGGUUUAUUGUUGUUUGUACGUCAAGUCCGUCUUCGGCAUUUUCGUUUUAAGAAACUUGUGAUGUUAGUAUUCUGAUACAUCAAAGGAUUUGAUUGAGGUUAUGUCAGUGACAAUAUUUAAGGCAUAGGAA